AUGAAUGACAUAGAAGAAAUAUAUCUUCCAUCUCGUAAUCAACAUCAGACUGUAUCAAAAGUAUCUAAACAUGAUUGGGUCCCUGUAACACAUAAUGGAUUAAGUACACGCUUCAAAGUUUUGAUUAGCAUCUGUGCAGUUAUUGGUAUAGUUGUGUUUCUGGUUGCACUAAUUGUACCCACACUUGCCAAUAACAAAUCAACAUCCUCUACUAGUACUACUAAUAGUGUUAUGAACACAACCACUCAAACUACAUCAAUUUCUAUAACAUCAACUUUAACAACAACAAUCUCAAUCUCUACAACAUUGGCAUCCACAGCCUCAACCUCAACUUCAGGAUCAACAUCAGCUUCAACUUCAACAAUAAUAACAACCUUCACUUCGUUAACAACAUUAACUUCGACAACAGCAGCAUCAACUUCAAUAACAACCUCAGCUUGGACAUCAACAACUUUAACUUCAAUGUCAACAGCCUCAACUUCAUCAAUAACGUCAUUCAUAACCUCAACUCUAUCAGCAGCGAUAUCCACAAUUUCAACAACAACAACAUCGACCUCAACGCCAACAACAACAAUCUCAACUUUAUCAACAACAACAUUCACAACCUCAACAAUCUCAACUUUAUCAACAACAACAUUCACAACCUCAACACCAACAUCAUUAACUUCAUCGACAACAACAACAACCUCUACUUCGACGACGACGACAACAACAACAACUACAACCUCUACUUCGACAACAACAACAUCAACAACAUCAACUUCAGCAUCAACAACGACAUCCACAACCUCAACUUCAACGUCUACCACAUCAACAGAAACCUCGACCACAUCAACGUCUACAACAUCCACAACCUCAACCUCAACAACAACCACAACAGCAAGUUGUGCUCCUGGCUUCUCUGCAACACAAUCCGCAAAAUGUGUCGAUAUACUGAGUAAUCUUUAUAAUUGUGGAUCCAUUGGCUAUGUUUGUUCAUCAGACUAUACAAUAUGUUCAGCUGGUAUAUGUAAGACAACACCUACUAUACAACUUAGUGGGGCAACUCCUAUACCUGCCUGGGUUGGUGUGACUACCGAUGAUGAUAUACAGCAAGUUAGCCUUCCAGUUAAUGUUACACUCUAUAACUAUAGUACUAGUUCUGUUACUGUAUCAAGUAAUGGACUUCUUUGCCUUGGUAGUUGUACUGAUGCUUAUGCAAAUCAAAAGCUUCCAACUACAAGCGUUGGAGGUCCAACAGCAUUUAUUUUCUGGUAUGAUUUGGCGAUUUAUAGUGGUACUACUACUCAAAUGGUUUAUUAUGCAACCAGUGGAACAGCACCUAAUCGAAUAACAGGUUUUGAAUUCUAUACAACUAGUUCUACUUACCCAUCAAAUUAUUAUCAUUUUCAAAUAUUAUUUUAUGAAAAUUUACCGAAUAUUGUUAAAUAUGUUUAUUUCGAAAUAUCCGAUGGAGGUAGUUUAGCAACUAUUGGUGUUCAACAAUCAUCAUCAGGACCAAACAUAACUUAUUCAGUAAAUCAAGCAUUUGCAGUGGCUUAUAAUACAACACUUUUAUUCGAUACAAAUGCGGGUACCUAUACUCGCAUAUGA